AUGGGCGAAAUCAAUUGCUCUGCUUCUAAGGAGAGACUGCUUUCAUCUUCGUUGUCUGGGUAUGAGGAUGACAACGUGGAACAAGUCCAGAAGCCAUGUCGACACAAGUACUUCUGGGUUCUUCUGCUUGGGUUUGGCUUGUCGCUCGUGCUAAAUCUCGGACUACUCAGUCUUUUGUUCUACAGAGCUGAGCUACCGAAUUCGAAUCCAUCGAGCUCAGCCAAGACUGCCAUAGCUCUCUACUCGCCAGCCAAUGAUGCUGUCGAGUAUCAUUUGACCAAAUUUGCGAGCGCAGUCGAGGGAGGCGAGACAGACUUCCAGGGAAGGCCUUCCGUGAAAACUGAUCAAGCUUGGCAGGGUUUGUAUGAAAAUAUGUUCACGCACAUCACAGAAGGAGAGGCUCGAAUGCUACCGAACAAGACCGCACCCGAGCUCGAGUCUGAAGGAAGCGGAUACCUAGUCGUCCUGAAUGUCUUCCACGAUCUACAUUGCAUGGAUAACAUUCGAAAGGGGCUCUACUACUUCCUCGAACCGCAAUGGAACAACACAUAUAACCCUUACCUCCUAUACGAAUCGCCUGAAGCCGCGCUUGAAGCUCGUGGGGGCGAUCACUUGGGGAUUAUGCAUCUAGACCAUUGCAUUGACUCACUCAGGCAGUCAAUCCAGUGCACCGGAGAUGUUAUCCCGAACGUUUUCCAGUACAGCCCAAAAUAUGGCGAUGUUCGGGCUCGCUCUACUGUUGUGCACGAGUGUCGGAAUUUCGACAAGAUUCAGGAGUGGGCUGCUCAGCACCACGUCCCAGGCCCUUUCAAAGACUUUGGUAAUCGCCCCGAGCUCGGAAAGUGUGGUAUUGACGACCCGUGGACUUGUUUGUAUGAAUAG